AUGCUCCUUGCUCCCAAUUUGCUCGAUCAAGUCAACAGCGAGAUGGUUCUCAGCAAGCCCUCAGCUUUGGUCGCGCUUGUGUCCCUUUCUAUCACAAACUCACUGGCUUGGAAUCACGAUGACUACUUGCACAGUCCAACGGCUGAUGAGAUCCCGCAUCCUUCUGCAGAUGGCCGCGGUUGGGAAGAAGCGUUUGGUUUAGCAUCUGACUUUGUCUCGGAACUUACUCUCGGGGAGAAGGUGUUGAUGGUCAGUGGAGUGCAUGGUCCCUGCGUCGGUAAUAUUGCGCCCAUUCCGCGGCUCAACUUUACGGGCCUCUGCAUCCAAAAUGGCCCAUUGGGGCUCGAACAAGGCAGUUAUUCCUCGGUGUUUCCCGCUGGCGUUAGUAUCGCUGCGUCCUGGGAUAAAGAUGUUGCAUACGAGCGAGGAAGCCAGAUGGCAGCCGAGUUUAAAGCCAAAGGAGCACAUGUUCUUCUUGGGCCUGUGGCUGGGCCUUUAGGCAGAUCACCGCUUGGAGGUAGAAACUUCGAGGGAUUCUCGCCUGAUCCAUAUUUAACAGGCGAACUGUUUACGCAGACAAUUGAGGGUAUCCAAGAUGGAGGAGUCCAGGCCUGUGCUAAGCAUUUUAUUGGGAAUGAGCAGGAGACUCAGAGGCAGCCGAGUGAAAAUGAAGACGGAACUAAGAUUGACAGUGUUUCGUCGAACAUUGAUGACCGGACAAUGCAUGAGCUGUACCUAUGGCCGUUUCAGCAGGCUGUUAGGGCCGGCGUCGGGAGUGUAAUGUGCAGCUACAACCGCUUGAACCAAACAUACGGCUGCCAAAACAGCAAGGCUCUAAACGGCAUUUUGAAAAUCGACUUUGGCUUCCAGGGCUAUGUUAUGUCCGACUGGGGCGCGACCCACAGCGGCGUCACGGCCGUCAACUCCGGCGAGGAUAUGGAUAUGCCUGGGACUCCAGACUAUCCGCUUUUCUUUCACCAGAACCUAACUAAUGCAGUGAACAAUGGCUCAGUCUCAUCUGAUCGUCUUGAUGACAUGCUUCGCCGUGUCAUGGCGCCCUACUUUCAUCUCAAGCAAGACCAGGACUUCCCGCCUAUUGACCCUAGUAUGAAGGAGCUCAACUCGGUCCUUUUUUCUACGCCCGAUGAGUACGAAGGCCAGUUCAACUACACGUUCGGCGCCGAGCCCAACAUCGACGUCCGCGGCAACCACGGCGCCUCCAUCCGCAGAUCAGCAGCAGAAGCAACCGUCCUCUUGAAAAACAAGCACGGAGCACUACCCCUUAAAGACCCAAAGCGGGUUGCAGUAUUCGGGAACGAUGCCGGCGACUUUACUAAUGGCAUGUCUGUCUGGUGGUUCAAUGGCGUGGGCAACUACGAGUACGGCGUCAUGGCGACGGGCGGAGGGUCAGGCUCAGGUCUAUUCUCUUACGCCGUCAGUCCGCUUGACGCAAUCAAACUGCGUGUCGGCUAUACCAAAGACGCGCUAGUGCAGUAUGUGCUGAAUAACACUGCAAUCCUGGAGGAGGAUAGCCCAUACCUCAAAGCCCUGGUUCCCUGGUCUUCAGACGUAUGCCUCGUCUUCCUCAAGUCGUGGGCAACGGAAAGCGAAGACCGCACAACGCUGGCUUCGGAUUGGAACGGCGAUGAAGUGGUUGAAAAGAUUGCGUCUACCUGUGCCAACACCGUCGUCGUUCUGCACUCCGCCGGCGUGAACACCAUGCCCUGGGCUGACCAUCCCAACGUGACUGCUAUCCUCGCAGCGCAUCUACCUGGCCAGGAGGCAGGCAAUAGCAUCGUCGAUGUCCUUUGGGGCGAUGUUAAUCCGUCCGGACGUCUGCCAUAUACCAUUGCCAAGAACGAGUGGGACUAUGACUUCGCCCCUAUCACAAACUCUACUGAGUUGCUGAAAACAAAUGACCCGACAGCGUGGCAGUCGGAUUUCAAGGAGGGGGCGUUGAUUGAUUAUCGCCAUUUCAACCAUUACAACAAAUCCGUGCAGUACGAGUUCGGGUACGGUCUCUCCUACACAACAUUCAACAUGAGCAGGAAACUCACCAUAACGCCUCUUUCUACAAACGGGACGAUUUCCCCCUUUCCGCCUUCUGCCCCUAUCGCACCUGGUGGAAACCCAAGCCUCUGGGAUACCUUGUACGAAAUCCAAGCUACGGUCCAGAAUACUGGAGAGGUGGCCGGCGCCGCAGUGCCUCAGCUCUACCUGACGCUUCCUCCUCAUGAAAAUCAGGGAGAGUAUGUCGAAGCAACAAACAUCCUGCGCGGCUUUGAGAAAGUGCGCCUUGACCCUGGGGGGUCGAAAACAGUUACUUUCGCUUUAAACAGGAGGGACCUCAGUCAUUGGGACGUGAUCAACCAGGAAUGGACCAUUCCCCAAGGAGAGGUGAAGGCUUCAGUUGGAUUCUCGAGCAGGGAUCUCAGGGCGAGGGGAACCUUUACAGUUAUCCCUUGA